GAUGCCGGCGGCAGCGCCGAGGACGCUGAGGGGAGACGCGCUGCGCGAGGAGGAGCUGCACCAGGACGUGUGUGGGGUCGAUGCCCGCUGACGGGUCCACAUGGCUGAAGAAGUGAUCGCGACGUCCGGCGCGGGCAAAAUCGCACCGCACCUCACCACCUCCUUGCUGGCGGUCACCUUGCUCACCUCAUUCGGCAGCUCGAUGCUCUAUGGCUACAACCUGGCCGUGGUCAACUCACCCGCGGGGUACAUCAAGGACUUCUACAACCGCACCAUCGUGAGCCGAAACGGCACCGGUGUCAGCGAGAAGACGCUGACCGUCAUGUACUCGCUCACCGUGUCGGUGUUUGCCAUCGGCGGCCUGGUGGGCUCCCUGCUGGUGGGAAUUCUGGUCACCAAGUUUGGCAGGAAGGGCACGGUGGUGAACUCAAGCGUGCUGGUUUUCAUCGCCGGCUCCCUCAUGGGGCUCAGCAGGAUUUGCGGCUCCCCAGAAAUGGUCAUCCUGGGCCGCUUCAUCACCGGGAUACACUCAGGCGUGUCGCUCAGCGUGGUGCCCAUGUACCUGGGGGAGAUCGCACCCAAGAACCUUCGCGGCUUCCUGGGCCUCAUCCCGAGCAUUUUCAUCUGCGUCGGCGUGUUCGCGGCGCAGAUCCUGGGCCUGCGCGAGCUGCUCGGCAAGGACGAGCACUGGCCGCUCUUCCUGUCCCUGGUGGUGGUGCCCACCUUCGUCCAGCUCGUGCUGCUGCCCUGGUUUCCGGAGAGCCCUCGCUACCUGCUCAUGGAGAAGCGCAACAUUCACGCCACCAUCGCAGCCCUGAAGCGCUACCGUGCCAAGCCCAACAUCCAAGUGGAGGUCGAAGAGAUGCAGCAGGAGCAGCGCUCGCUCUCCUCCGUGGAGACCGUGUCCGUGUGGCAGCUGCUGCUGGACGACUCCGUGCGCUGGCAGCUGCUCUCCGUGGUCGUCAUCAACAUCGGCAUGCAGCUCUCCGGCAUCGACGCGAUCUGGUUCUACACCAAUGACAUCUUUGAGAACGCGGACAUCCCGGCGGCCCAGAUCCAGUACACCACGGUGGGGACGGGGGCCAUCGAGGUCGUCGCCGGGCUCAUCGGGUGCUUCACCAUCGAGCGCCUCGGCAGGAGGCCCCUCAUGAUCGGGGGCUUCGGCUUCAUGGGACUCUGCUGCGCCGGCAUCACGCUGUCCCUGGUCCUGCAGGCUCGAGUGGCCUUCAUGCGGUACGUCAGCGUCGCCUGCGUGGUGGGCAUCAUCGCGGGCUUCUGCAUCGGCCCCGCUGGAGUGCCGUUCCUCAUGACGGCGGAGCUCUUCAAGCAGUCGCACCGACCGGCUGCCUACAUCGUCGGAGGUUCACUCAACUGGAUCUCCAACUUCACCGUGGGCUUCGUCUUCCCGUUCCUGCAGAUGUCCGCGGGCUCCUUCUGUUACUUGGUGUUCUGCGGCGUGUGCCUCGCAGUGGCGACGUACGUGUUCUUCAUCAUCCCCGAGACCAAGAACAAGACGUUCAUGGAGAUCAGCCAGAUGUUCGCCACCAAGGAGGUCAUGUUGUUCCGGCGGGCCAACCAGCUCAAGCUGAGGAAGAUGAACGGCUACGGUGCCCUGGAGAGCAGCUCCAUGGAGUUCGACAGCUCGGCAUCGUGCCCCUGAGCGCGGCGCCGGGUGCGAGAC